GUCAAUUUAAAGAAAUGUAGACAAUUGAUUAAUUGCUACAUUUACGCUAACAUUGGAUAGUUAAUCCAGAGAUUCAUACAUUUGCCUCGAUUCAGCAGUCUCGUCCAGAUCAUCAUGACGCUUAUACUUCACGAUAGCCACAUUAGCAGCUAAUUAGCAUUUCAUUUGUGUGGGGGUUAAUAGACUAAUAUAUUUAUAAGUCAACCUUGUAAAUGUCUCUCGGACAAGUUAUCAAAACGCCUCUCCUGAGUAAGCCUUCACGAAACACAGCCCUUUAAGUGUUUCUAAAAUCCCCUAUGGAAAAAACGAUUGGAACCAUUUCCCGUUUGACCGCUAGGUUUUAUGAGCAUUAUGACCCAUACUGUGUGACACUAUUGUCUCAAUGAAGAAUCGGACAUUUCCGAGUUCCCAGUUAUUUUUAACGCGGUAUACGGACGAGCAAUAUCCACGGUCAGAGCAUGGUAGAAGGGGACUUUCUAAAAACACGCCACUUCGAUACAUCUACAACCAAAGUGACUUUAUAGCAGGUGCGCUCGAUGACUUUGAGAAGACAAACUCGGCCACCUUGGGCCCAGCCCCUGCUGCUGCCAUGGCUCCCCCACCAGCCAAGGGCAGCGAGGAGAAACUCCCUCUACUGGAGGACAGUCAGUUCUUCGAGGCACUGUUUGAAGGUGAGAUGGCCUCUCAGGCAAAGGAAGAGUGGGAGAAAGCCAUGACUGAACUCGCACAGGAAGAACCUGAGCUGCUGCAACACUUUCACAAAUUGUCAGAGGCAGCAGGGAAAGUUGGUAGUGAUGUAGCCUCCCAACAAGAAUUCACUUCCUGUCUCAAAGAUACCCUCAGUGGAUUGGCUAAAAAUGCAGACAAUUUACAGAGUGCAGGAUUGGCUGGAGAGGAUCUGGCAAAGACUCUGGAAGGGCUGGAUUUGGAUGAGGAUGGAGAGCGGGACGGGCAAGAUGGAAACAUCCUGCCGAUCAUGCAGUCCAUCAUGCAGAAUCUUCUCUCCAAGGAAGUGCUCUACCCGUCUCUCAAAGAAAUCACUGAGAAGUAUCCUGAGUGGCUGAACAGCAAUCGUCAGUCCCUCCCCCCAGAUCAGUUCCAGCGCUACGAACAGCAGCACAGGGUCAUGGGAGAGAUCUGCAGCCUGUUUGAGAAGGAGGGAGAUGGGGAGAAUAGCUUUGAGAGCAUUCUGGAAAUCAUGCAGCAGCUACAAGACCUGGGCCAACCACCCAAAGAGCUGGCUGGUGAAUCACCACCUGGCCUAAACUUUGACCUGGAAUCCUUGAAUCUCUCAGGAGCCUCUGGGACUGGAGCUGCAGAUCAGUGCUCGAUCAUGUGAUCUCAGAGCAGCCAGUUCAAUUGAUACACAGGCUAGGGCCGUGUGCUACCGGGCUGACGAGGGAGGACCAUCAAUCACUAUAGCAGAAGGAGGAGAACAAGACUGUUUGCACUGCUCUCCUCCUAACAUAUGUUUCUGUGUCAAAAUAGAAGAGCACUGUGAAGGGUGGCAAAACAAACCAAUGUGACCACACCCUUCGGUAACUCACUGAUCAUUACAUAACUGAUUUUUAAGUCAAUUGCUUUGGUUUGUCAUAAUAGGCUCUUCCAGGUCAUUUAUAGUACAGGUAGUACCAUUCCCACGCACAGCUCAACUGACUAGCACUAGACUUAUCUGGCAGUUUUUACACUCACCACUGUUUAGCCUAAUGAGCACUGAAACUGGUUGAACUGCCCUGUUGGUUAAAACAGUGCCUUGCACAUUUUUCUUCAGAAUUUGAGAAUGUUCAUUACUGUUAUGAGUCUUACAGCAGGGAUAUUAGGUUUCUCUCUUGUAAGAGUUGCUGGGUGAAGAUUGAGUUGUAUCAUGGGGCUGCGUGCCUAACAAAGGUUGUUGAGUCAGUGUCACGGUUCCACUCAUCAAUAAAGUAACACUAACACCUC